AUGACGCUCCAACACCCUGGCCAUCUAGUGCCGGCGGCCAGGUCGCAAGACAAUGUGCACCUCGCCGGCUCGUCAACGACGCCAAUUGACUUCGACCCUGAGAAGAACAACUCACAGAUCAACUCAUCGGAGGCUAUCCAUGUAGUCGAAAACGAUGCGGGCCAAGAAGCUGAUGGCAACUCAUUCAAGCAGGAGGGUGUGAAGAAGGUCGAGGCUGUCACACAGAUUUGGAACAAGAAGACUCUGUUCCUCAUAUUCUACAUCGUCGCCGUCGUCGACAUGCUCGUCGUAAGCACCCAAGCCAACCUCGACGCCUACGUCACCUCCGAAUUCGCCCGCCACGGCCUCAUCGGCACCAUCAGCAUCGUCUCCUCCCUGCUCGGCGGCUGCUCGGCCCUCACCAUCUCCAAAAUCAUCGACGUCUGGGGCCGCAUCGAAGGCUUCCUGUGCAUGAUGGGCCUCGUCGCCAUCGGCAUGCUCAUGAAGGCCCUCUGCCGCAACGUCGAGACCUACGCCGCCGCCCACACCUUCUACUGGGUCGGCCAUCUCGGCCUGCUGUACGUCAUCGACGUCAUGCUCGCCGACAUGACCAGCCUGCGCAACCGCAUGCUCAUCCUCACCCUCAACGGCACCCCCACCAUCGCUUCCAGCUUUGCCGGCCCCCGCAUUGCUCAGCUGUUCUACGAAGAGUCGCACUUCCGCUGGGCUUUCGGCGCUUUCGGCAUCAUCCUCGUCGGCGUGUGCUUGCCUGCUGCCCUGGUCAUGUUCUUUUACCAGCGCAAGGCCUACCAGAUGGGGGCUAUCCAGAAGAAGACCUCCGACCGCAAGUGGUGGCAGUCGAUCUACUACUAUGUCUUGCAGUUUGACGUUCUCGGCAUCAUUCUCAUCACCGCCGGUUUCGCCCUCAUUCUCCUCCCAUUUAGUCUUGCCCCUCGUCAGACCAGGGGGUGGGCUGAUCCCGGCAUGAUCGUCAUGAUCGUCAUGGGCGUUGUGUCGCUUGUCCUCUUCGUCGUCUGGGAGAGGUGGCUUGCUCCCGUCCAGUUCAUGCCGUUCGAGUACUUGAAGGACCGGACCAUCAUUGGCGCCUGUCUCGUCUACGGCCUCAUGUUUAUUUCCAUCUUUAUCUGGGAUACGUACUACUUCUCGUAUCUCCAAGUCGUUCACAGACAAUCCAUCACCCAUGCCGGCUACAUCCUCAACAGCUUCUCCCUCAUGUCCUCCUUCAUCAGCCCCUUCAUUGGUGUUCUGAUCAGCUACACCGGUGACUACAAGUGGACCGGCCUAGCCGGCGUCCCCUUCAUGGCCCUCGGAACCGGCCUCCUGGUGUACUUCCGCCAGCCCCACAACCACGUCGGUCUCCUAGUCAUGUGCCAGCUCCUGAACGGCAUCGGCUCCGCCCUCUUCGCCACCUGCGCCCAGCUCGGCGUCAUGGCCGCCGUGCCUCACCAGCAGAUCGCCACCGCCAUCGCCCUCUGGGGUAUGUUCGGCGGCAUCGGCGCCUCCAUCGGCGUAGCCAUUGCCGGCGCGCUCUGGAACAACAUCAUCCCCCAGAGGCUCUACGAGCUGCUCCCCGACAGCGCCAAGGGCCAGUUCGCGGAGAUUUAUGGCGACAUGGUCCUGCAGAUGUCGUUCCCUGACGGGGACCCCAUCCGGGAGGCUAUUGUCGGGGCUUACGCCGAUGUGCAGAGGAGGAUGGCGAUUGCCGGUGCUUGCUUCAUGCCUGCCCUCUUUGUCUGCGUCUUCAUCUGGCGGAAUGUGAACGUGAAGAAGUUGGAGAGGGAGAGGGGGACCCAGACCAAGGGAACCAUCUUUUAA